UCUGCCUGCACAAGGCUUGGGUUCCCAGCUGCCUAAGGAGUGGAAGAAACCCGAGCCGUUCAGGCAACGCAAGCGGAGGUGGGUGUGGACGGCUGAGGCACACACUCGGAAACUGGCCGUGGGGCUCGGAAGCCCUUUGGGAUUUCCAAGGGGAUCUGGGAAGCAACGGGAAGCUUAGCCGUCCCGCCAGGCCAGCCGCGGCUGGACCGCUCAGCUCUUGUUCUGGACCAAGCUGCCCAAAGCCUGCCCUCACAUCCAUCAGGUCCUUGUUAUCCAGGUGGAUACACAUGGCUCUUCUACGCAAAAUUAACCAAGUGUUGCUGUUUCUUCUGGUCCUGACGCUCUGUGGGAUUCUGUACAAGAAAGUCCGUAAGGGAGCUGUGCUUACGAACAAAGCAGAUGACGAUUCUGAGUCCCCCGAGGAUGUGGAAGAGGAGAUUCCAGUGGUGAUCUGUGCAGCUGCAGGGAGGAUGGGCGCGGCCAUGGCGGCCAUCAAUAGCAUCUACAGCAACACGGAUGCCAACAUUGUGUUCUAUGUGGUGGGACUGCGGAACACUCUGCCUCGAAUACGAAAAUGGAUCGAACAUUCCAAACUGAGAGAAAUAAAUUUCAAGAUUGUGGAGUUCAACCCUGUAGUCCUCAAGGGGAAGAUUAGACCAGACUCAUCGAGGCCUGAGCUGCUCCAGCCUCUGAACUUUGUCCGGUUUUAUCUCCCUCUGCUUGUCCACCAGCAUGAGAAAGUCAUCUAUCUGGAUGAUGAUGUCAUUGUACAAGGUGAUAUCCAGGAACUGUAUGACACCACCUUGGCUCUGGGCCACGCAGCAGCCUUUUCAGAUGACUGUGAUUUGCCCUCUGCUCAAGACAUCCACCGACUUGUGGGGCUACAGAACACAUACAUGGGCUAUCUGGACUACCGGAAGAAGACCAUAAAGGACCUUGGCAUCAGCCCCAGCACCUGCUCAUUCAAUCCUGGUGUGAUUGUCGCCAACAUGACCGAAUGGAAACACCAGCGCAUCACCAAACAGCUGGAAAAAUGGAUGCAAAAAAAUGUGGAAGAAAACCUGUACAGCAGCUCCCUGGGAGGAGGGGUGGCUACCUCUCCGAUGCUGAUCGUGUUUCACGGGAAGCACUCCACCAUCAACCCACUGUGGCACAUCAGGCACCUUGGCUGGAACCCUGACGCAAGAUAUUCCGAGCACUUUCUGCGGGACGCUAAACUACUCCACUGGAAUGGGAGACAUAAACCCUGGGACUUCCCAAGUGUUCACAAUGACUUAUGGGAAAGCUGGUUUGUUCCGGACCCGGCAGGGAUCUUUAAACUGCAUCACAACAGAUGAAACACUCCAACAGUUAAAAUACACCCUGGCUAAAAAUGGAACCUUUGUAUCCUCACUACGAGCACCACUUCUGAUCUACAAUGCAAGAGACGAAAACUACAGUGUACAAGUUGAACCGUGGCCCACACAGACAGAUUUGACUUCUUGAAGUUCAAAUGAUCAUUGUGAGUAUCCCCUACUCAUUCCUUUCUUUUGGUGUUUUGAGACAGGGUCUCACUAUAUACCAAGUCUCGACCUGAAUGACAACUCUAUCUGAAAAUUUUCAAAAUCUCUAAUUUCUUAGUUAGCUAUUUUUGGAGCAGUUCUUCUGUUUUACUUUUAAGAUGGGCUCUCCCUGGCUGGAGAGUGUUUAAGAGAGUGACUGCUCUUCCAGAGGACCCAGGCUUGAGUCCCAGCACCCACAUGGCAGUUCAGAUAUCUGUAAAUACAGUUCCAGAGGAUCCUACACUCUCUUCUGGCCUUCACAGGCACUGGGCACACAUGUGAUGUACAGAUAUAUUGCAGGCAAAAUAUCCACUCAUGUUUUUAAAAUAAUAUAAACAAGUUAGCCAGGUGGUGGCGACACAUGCCUUUAAUCCCAGCACUCUGGAGGCAGACAGAUCUCUGUGAGUUCACGGACAGCCUGGUCUACACAUUGAGUUCCAGGACAGCCAGGGCUACACACAGAGAAAGAAACAAAAAGAUAGGGUCUCUCUCUAUAUCCCUGGAUAACGUGGAACUCACUAUAUCAAUUUCAAACUCAUAGAGAUCUGUAUGCCUCUGCCUCCUGAGCACUAGAACUGAAGGCCUGGGCCACCACACCCUGCUGCGCCACCAAGCCUGGCUGCAGGUUUUUUUCUUUUUGAAAACAGGUUUCCAGUUUUGUCUUUUAUAAAAUUAUAAAUUAAAAAAUGUAGUAUCUGUAAAAAAUAAACCAUUCAAGCCUCUGUGAUUUUCAUCAUGUAUACAUGCUAAAUGUAAUAGAGGAAAUCUUCCUCAAGUUUGCAAUGGGGAAGAAUACCACUAAAUCCUGCUAGAGAAAAGCCUGUGUAUUAAGUAUAGCCAUUCCUAGUGUUUAUUGUAAAAACGCUCAGACUCCGCAUGUUUAAAAUCUCAGUAUUAUUUAAUGAAAACAAGGCACCCUGUCAUGUCCAGGGUGCACCAGCACUCACUACUCACUUACCAGGUUCAAGGAAAAGCACCAGGACGUACUCAGAGGGUCCUCACGGCCGCUCUCCAGUCAUAAUUUAAAGGUAUUUCUCCAGGGUAGAGCUACAAUAGUUACAUACCAAGGCGAUACUACGUGCUUUACAUAGUCCCAUGAAAAAAAUAAUUCAAUUGAUCCUAAUCCCUGAUGCAAGGCACUCAAAGCACCCGCAGAAAUGCUCAUGUAAACAGCAGUGCAGUGUGCCCUCCAAAUCACAGGAGGUGUGCACUGCCUGACCCAGACCCAAGGAAAAUAAAGCCCACCACUGCCACAGUAAAGGCAUGUUAAAAUUCCUACCAAGAAACUGCUUCUCUCACUAUUCAUAGACUAGGCUACAUAACCUCUAUGAAAUACAAAACCCUCAUGGACAUCUCAUACUGCAAAACCAGCAUGCUCCAGGGGUAUGCAUCCAGUUAGAGGACCCGGGAGUGGUCAGGAGUGAACGCGCUAGGCUCUCUGAAUACCCACGUUCCAUACCCAGCAGCCCCAGAGGGCUGUCUGUAGCACCAUGGGAAAUACAUAAGCAGCCACAAAGGUACAAAUCCCAAUCAUCUUCUUCAUGAGGUUCACUUAGUCCACAGUAAUCGAUAGCAGUGACAAGUUUUAAAUCAUUGACAGAUGAUUAGCUUUACCUAGCAAGAGAAGUUCUGAAUUAGUACAUCCCAUGUACACAGCACCAGUUUAAAGAGGAUUAUCAAACACUGGCAGCAUCCCACUGCUCACUGGAAAGCUCAUUUUUUAGCACUUUCCACAUCAGAGACAAAAGGAGAACAGUGAUGAACACUGACGGGGAAUUCA